AUGGAUUUUAGUUUGAUCCGGUUCCACAAGUACAAGUCAAGUGACAUCACACUUGGUCUUAAAAAGAUCACGCCACGUCAUCAGUCCAAAUAUUCGCCAGACCAGUUAUAUAACAGACAAAAUCCAGCUAACAACGACGACACACUCUUCUUCUCUCUCAAUCUGACGCCGUCGCUGUCACCGAGAAACGAGUGUCGUCAUCUAACAAUGAUCCCUUAUGCAACCAUCGAAGAGGCAGAAACCUCACGAGACUCGAGACAGUUUGGUUCGAAUACUCCGCCACAAGGCUGGUUCGAUCGGUACAACAUUCAGCCUAAGGUCAAGAACUCAUUCUCCGAUCAUGUUUCGUUGUUACAGAGACGUCAUGAAGAUGUUCAUCCUCGUCGUUGCCCCCUUACAACUCGUUUCUUAUCCUUCGAUCCAGGUAAUAAAGGGUGGGUGUUGUUUUUAUUGCAUCGAGAUUUGUCUGAUGAAUCUCGAACCUUAUGGUUGUGGAUAGCUUUACGCCAAAUUGAAGCCAUUGAAUCUCUUCUUGAUACAACAUAUGAUUUUCCAUGGACUCUGACAAAUUACAUUCCAUUCUAUGGUGGAGCUGAGUAUCAUGACUACCAUCAUUACGUUGGAGGACAAAGCCAGAGUAACUUUGCUUCAGUUUUCACUUACUGCGAUUACAUCUAUGGAACUGACAAAGGUUACAGAUUACAAAAGAAGCUUCUUCAACAGAUUAAGGAGGAUUCCAAGAAGAGCAACAAGCAGAAUGGAGAAGAGAAAUUGGAUUAGUAAACCUGAAACUCCUCACAUUGGUUCUGGUUUCUACAAGGUGAUAAAAGCAGAAGCAGCUUAUAGGUGAUAAGUACAAUCUAAGCAAGACUCACAAAAUAAAGGGUACUUUAGUUUUUUUUUUUAAUUCGCCUUUCUCCUUUUUUUUUUCAUUGUUUGACUUUAUAUUUUGAAUCCGUGAUCUGAAACUCUAGUGUUAUCCAUAGAUUUUAGCUGUAAAAGAGCAUUCUUCAUUUGGGUAAAGCAAUGUUGAUUUAGAACAGUUCAAUAGAGUGUAAGAUACUAAGAUCAGUAAAGUAGUUAAGGGUAUUUUAGUGUACACUAAACUACAAUUAAAAGCCCGUCUAGCUCAGUUGGUAGAGCGCAAGGCUCUUAACCUUGUGGUCGUGGGUUCGAGCCCCACGGUGGGCGUUUCUUUUACAUUACAAGAAUCAGCAGGUUACAUUACAAGAAUCAGCAGGUUAUUUUUGUAGCAUAAAUUAAAAUUACCCACUUUUGUAACGGGUAAAUAAAGCUACGUACUCUCUGUUUUCUCUUUGAUUUUUCGUUCCAUUACUUUAUAUGAGCGGCUUUGAUUUUGGGUUACGUAAAUAAAUUAAAAGCGCUGGAUGAAUAUUAUAUAUAAAUUAUUUUUAUGUAUUAUAUGUUUUUACAUAUUAUAUAUUAUGAAAUAAUAAAUAUAUAUUGAAUAAUUAAAAUUUUAGUAACUAGUACGUAUAUAGUUAAAUAGGUGUAAAUCUAGAUUGCACGGAAGCUUCAUCGGACGUCCGCUUCCCACUUCGGAACCGGAAUCGGAAUCAGAACCUUGUGGAAGCUUACAGAAUCUCGCUUCCAAAAGGCUUCUAAAAUAUUUUCUUUAAAAACACGUUGGAAGCUUACAAUUCCGUUUUGGAAUCAUGCUUCCACAUUUUUUUAAGAACACGAUGUCAUAAAUCAAAACAAAAAAAAUUAAAAUUCAUAGUUUUCAUUUAUAUAAAAUCUAAAUUUUAAUAGUAAUGAAAUAGAGAGAAUUAAAAUAUAUAAAUAUUUAAACUAAUACUAUCAAGUAUCUUUAUGCAUAGAGGUUUUUAUUAAAGAUAUAUCAUAGAUUCAAAUAUAUUGUGUCAAUUAUUUCUGAAGUAUUAAAAAUAAUUAAUAUAAUGAUUUUUUUUAAACUUAAUUUAUGUGUAUUUUCACAGUU